UUUCAAAUGGUUUCGUCAGCAAGUCAGCAGCAACUUUCCUUACCCUUCUCUGAAGGCUUGGAUGACUUCGCUCUUCUCAAGGCAGUGGCUAAAAGUUAAUUGCGUGCUAGCAAAAAGAGUCCUCGCAAAACCUGCGCCUCUUAGAUUUCUGAGAAAGUUUUGUGAAGCGCAGUUCAAAAUGGAUAGCUCGCUGACUGGCAAGGAUUUGAGACAAAUCUUCGUAGAUUUUUUCGUGGAAAAACAUGGGCACACGUUUGUAAGAUCUUCUUCUGUUGUACCACACGAUGACCCAACUCUACUGUUCGCGAAUGCCGGAAUGAAUCAGUACAAACCAAUUUUCCUGGGUACGGUUGACCCAAACAGUGAUUUCUCAAAAUUGAAAAGAGCAGUCAAUAGUCAGAAGUGUAUUCGUGCUGGUGGCAAACACAAUGAUUUGGAUGAUGUUGGUAAAGAUGUCUAUCAUCAUACAUUUUUUGAAAUGCUGGGGAAUUGGUCAUUUGGUGACUUUUUUAAGAAAGAAGCAAUUCAUAUGGCAUGGGAACUUUUGACUGAUGUGUUGAAAUUACCAAAAGAAAGAUUGUAUGUAACCUAUUUUGGUGGAACCGAAAGUGUCCCAGCUGAUCUUGAAUCAAAGCAGAUCUGGCUUGAUUUAGGCAUAUCUCCAGAACGGGUUCUGCCUUUUGGAAUGAAGGAUAAUUUCUGGGAAAUGGGAGAUACAGGACCAUGUGGACCAUGCACUGAGAUUCAUUUUGAUAGAUUGGGUGACCGUGAUGCAAGUAGUCUUGUUAACAUGGAUGUUCCAGAUGUGCUUGAGAUCUGGAAUCUUGUGUUCAUAACAUUCAAUCGUGAAAAUGAUGGCACAUUGAAACUAUUGCCGAAAAAACACGUCGACACCGGAAUGGGUCUAGAAAGAAUCGCUUCUGUUGUUCAAGGAAAAAUGUCAAAUUACGAUACAGACUUGUUUACUCCAUUUUUUGAUGCAAUUCAAAAGGGCACUGGAUCAAGGCCUUAUUCUGGCAAAGUUGGAGCUGAUGACGUCGAUGGUUUAGACAUGGCCUAUCGAGUUUUAGCUGAUCAUAUUCGCACUCUGACUAUUGCGUUCUCAGAUGGGGGAAAACCAGAAAGCACUGGCAGGGGGUAUGUCUUAAGGCGCAUUCUUCGUCGUGCUGUAAGAUAUGCCACCGAGAAGUUGAAUGCAAAGCCAGGGAUGUUAGCCUCAUUAGUUGAUGUUGCUGUAAACAGUUUAGGAGAUGCAUUUCCAGAAGUCUCGAAAGACCCACAAGAUGUCAAAGAUAUUAUCAAUGAAGAGGAAACACAGUUUUUGAAAACACUUUCAAGAGGAAGAAGAUUGUUCAACCGCGCUGCAGACAAAGCUGUUGGGAAUGCAAUCGCAGGUGACUUGGCAUGGAGACUGUAUGACACCUAUGGUUUCCCUGUCGAUUUGACUGUUCUCAUGGCCGAAGAAAGGGGUUUGACUGUAGACAUGCAAGGAUACAAUGAAGCAAAAGUAAAGGCACAGGAAAUCGCGCGAAACAAAGGGCCGGGUGAAGAAGACACCGUUGGGUUGGACAUUCAUUCUCUUGAUGAGCUGCAAAAGAAAGGAAUCCCAACAACCAAUGAAAAACCGAAGUACAAUUACGAAGCCGAUGAAGAUGGCAAUUAUGUGUUUACAUCGAUAACAGCAAAAGUUUUGGCUCUGAGGUAUAAUAAAGAAUUCGUCAAUCAGAUGGAAGCUGGAGAAAGUGGAAAGAAAUGUGGCAUGCUCCUAGAUUCAUCCUGUUUCUAUGCAGAACAAGGUGGACAAAGUUGUGAUUACGGAUACAUGAACAAGGAAGGAGAUGAGGAAGUGGAGUUCUCAGUAAUUGAUGUCCAGGUGCAUGGUGGUUAUGUACUUCAUGUUGGCAAUCUCGAAGGAACCAUUAGUGUUGGGGACACAGUAACGUGUUUUAUUGACGAGGAAAGGAGACGCAAUCUAAUGAAUAAUCACACAGGAACACAUCUGCUGAACUUUGCGUUACGAAAAGUUCUAGGCUCCGCUGAUCAACGUGGGUCGCUUGUUGCCCCAGACCGCUUGCGGUUUGAUUUUACAGCAAAGGGUGCCAUGAAAACUGCCGAGCUGAAAGACACAGAAGAAAUCACGAGAGGAAUGGUUAAAGAAAACUUUGAUGUCUUUGCUACGGAAAGCUCUCUUGCUGUGGCAAAAGAUGUGCAAGGCCUUCGUGCCAUAUUUGAAGAGGUUUAUCCAGAUCCUGUUCGUGUUGUUUCCGUACAGUACCCAUUGCAAAAACUGAUCGACGACCCACAAGCUGGCUACAAGACAUCCGUUGAAUUCUGCGGAGGAACCCAUCUGAAAAGAACUGGGCAUAUGAAAGAUUUCGUCAUCGUUUCUGAAGAGGCCAUUUCUAAAGGGAUCCGAAGAAUCGUAGCAGUAACUGGUCACGAAGCAGAAAAAGCGCUAAAACACUCCGCUAUGCUUCAAGAAGACUUGGAUGCUAUCAGAAUAAAGUUGGAUGAGCAGAACACUAAUGGAGAGUUAAACAUUAAGUCAAUGACACAAGAAAUUAUUCGCAUGACCGAGGCGCUGUCAGUAGCUGUUAUUCCUGCAUGGCAAAAAGAUACGCUUCGUGACGACUUGAAGAAAUUGAAGAAAAGACUAGAUGAUGCAGACCGAGCCGCAAAAGCAAGCCGGUUGCAGCGUGUUGUUUCGGAUUUCGAAGAUAUGAUCAAAAACUCCCCAGACAAAGCGUUCUUUGUUGUGCGAGUGGAAGAUGGAUGCGACUCUAAGGCUCUAGACACUGCGCUAAAGGUAUUAAAAUCAAGUGCGAACAGCAAGCCAGCCAUGCUGCUUAGUGUGGACAAUAAUGCUGGAAAAGUCCUUUGUUUAUGUAAUGUCCCAAAGAGCGUCAUUGACUCGAAUGGUCUCAAAGCUGACGAAUGGGUUAAACAGGUAACUAAGAAAAUUGGCGGGAAGGCUGGUGGAAAGCCGCAGUCUGCACAGGGGUCUGGGAACAAUACAGGAGCAAUUGAUGAAGCAAUGGAAUUGGCGCGAGAGUUUGCAAAGCUAAAACUUUGUUGAUUUAGCGGAAAUACCUGGCCUUGACUGCCUAGAUAACAUUACCGGUCGAUUCUGUUUUGAAUGGUAUGAAAUACCUAAAGUAAUUUUGGUUAUCUAUCACGUGCGGAAAAUGUAUCCCAUCAGGACCUAUUUCUAGUGUUAACACUUAGUAUGAGAAUGGCAAAUGAAAAAAUCCGACAUUAUUGUAUCUGUA